UCGUUGUUCUUAUAGUGAUUAAUAAAUAGGAGUUCAUACUUCGCUACGCCUACUUUAAUCGCUGCAUAAUUAUAUAAAUAUUUUAAAUUUGAGUAACAGAUAAAUAAAAGAAAAAAUCAUUUUGGUAAAAAGUAAAGCAGAAAAAGAUAAAUUUGCGUUUAAUUGAAAUCAACAUUGUCUGCGUUUCCUUCAUUCAAGUUUGACCCUUAGCCAACACCAUUACUACUAUGAAGAAAAAGGUGCUGUUAAUGGGGAAGAGUGGCUCAGGGAAAACGAGCAUGAGAUCUAUUAUUUUUGCCAACUACAUAGCUAGAGAUACUAGAAGAUUGGGUGCCACAAUUGAUGUUGAACACUCACAUGUCAGAUUUCUUGGCAAUUUGGUGCUCAACUUAUGGGAUUGCGGGGGACAGGAGGCAUUUAUGGAAAACUAUUUUGCAUCUCAGCGGGACAAUAUUUUCCGGAAUGUUGAAGUUCUCAUUUAUGUAUUUGAUGUGGAGAGUAGGGAAAUGGAGAAGGACAUGCAUUAUUACCAAUCAUGCUUGGAAGCUAUAUUACAGAACUCUCCAGAAGCAAGAAUAUUCUGUCUUGUACACAAAAUGGAUCUUGUAGCAGAAGAAAGGAGAGAAGAAAUAUUUAAAGAAAGGGAAGAGGAUUUAAAAGGUCUUUCAAAACCACUUGAAUGCACAUGCUUCAGAACUAGUAUAUGGGAUGAAACCUUAUAUAAAGCGUGGUCCAGCAUUGUGUACAAGUUAAUACCCAAUGUGAAAGCUUUGGAAUCAUCUUUGAAGCAAUUUGCUGCUAUUGUUGACGCAGAUGAAGUGCUCCUGUUCGAGCGCGCAACGUUCCUUGUGGUGUCGCACUGUCAGCGGCGGCAGCACCGCGACGCUCACCGCUUUGAGAAGGUCUCCAACAUCGUCAAGCAAUUCAAGCUCUCCUGCUCCAAACUCGCCGCGCAGUUCCAGAGCAUGGAGGUACGGAACAGCGUUUUCGCAGCUUUCAUCGACGGCUUCACGAGCAACACUUACGUAAUGGUAGAGAUGUCCGACCCAAAGAUACCAUCAGAGGCAACGCUAAUCAACAUUCGUAACGCAAGGAAACACUUUGAGAAACUAGAGAAGGUGUCAUCGAGUGCUCCCAGUCAAUACCAAUGAGCGGAUAGCCGCACGACUAAGGCCGG